AUGUCUGGAGCUAUAGGAAAAGCCGCACAGCAGGGCGCAAAGGCCGCCACAGGCCACGUCUCUGUCAAGGGAGCCCGCAGAGAUCCCGAGCUGUUUGUCUUGUUUGGAGUCAUGUCUGGCGCUUUCGGCCUCGCGGGUUUCUACUUUGGUCGCAAGCCUACAUCGUCGACUUCCGAGGCUAAGGUCAAUAUUGCGAAGGGUAGCAUGCCAUGGCAGACGGAGAGCACAAAAGGGGACGAGGCUAGAGAAGAAUUCAAAUACCAGUAUCACCCGGGUGGCGACCCGAAGAACCCUCCCAAGGACGCUCCAAGCGCCUUGCACAGCGUGAUCGUGCCCAAUGUCAACUUGCCAAAGGAGCUGCACGAGAAGUACAACAAGUGGGGUAAAGAUGGAUACUAG